GAGGGAGAUGUGCGGCACAAGGUGUCAGAGGCCGCGGGUGCCGGUGUGCACGGCACGGCACAGCCGAGCCUAGCCCGGCACGGCACAGCACAACCCGGGGGCCGGGGCGGGCUGGCGGAGGCCGCGGCUCUCCCGCUCAGCCGAGCGGAGCCGGGAGGCAGCGGCAGCGGGGGCGGCCGCGGGCACGGCGCUCCCCCGGCCGCCCCCGCGGUGGCGGCGGCCCCGGAGGCCGGGGAGCGGCAGGAGCGGUGCCGCUGCAGAAAUGGAGAAUCCUGAGGUGACUGUGAGCAGCUGCAGUGCACAUGAUGAUGAAAACCUUUGCAGCUACAAACGACACUCAUCGGUAUCACAGGAGGCACUUUUGGAAGACCAGCUUAGAAGGAAGUUAAAAUUUUUCUUCAUGAAUCCGUGUGAGAAAUUUUGGGCCCGGGGCAGAAAGCCUUGGAAACUUGGGAUUCAGCUACUCAAAAUAGUAAUGGUUACAGUCCAGCUGGUGGUUUUUGGACUGAGCAACCAAAUGGUGGUUGCCUUCAAAGAAGAGAACACUGUUGCAUUCAAACAUCUGUUCUUGAAAGGAUACAUGGACAGAAUGGAUGAUACCUAUGCUGUAUACACACAAACAGAUGUCUAUGACCAGAUAUUCUUUGCAAUAAACCAGUACCUCCAGCUGCCCAACAUCUCUGUUGGAAAUCAUGCUUAUGAGAAGAGGGGAGCAGAGGAGACACCUCUGGCUGUUUGUCAGCAGUUCUACAAGCGAGGAAUCAUCUGUCCUGGAAACGACACCUUUGACAUAGACCCAGAGAUUGUGACUGACUGCUUGUACAUUGAGCCAACGACUUCUCUACACAACACCACGAUGGGAAAGCACAAUUUGAAUUUCACUCUGGAUUUCCCCAGGCUGGUGGCAGUGCAGCUCAUGUUCAAUCUGAAGGCAAUCAACCUCCAGACCGUUCGUCACCACGAGCUCCCCGACUGCUACGACUUCACUCUGCGGAUCGUGUUUGAUAAUAAAGCACACAGUGGAAGAAUUAAAAUAAGUCUAGACAAUGACAUAGCAAUCAGGGAAUGUAAAGACUGGCAUGUUUCUGGAUCAAUCCAGAAGAACACUCAUUACAUGAUGAUCUUCGAUGCUUUUGUCAUAUUGACUUGUCUGACUUCAUUGAUCCUUUGCACACGAUCAGUGAUUAAAGGAAUUUGGCUCCAAAGGGAAUUUGUAAGCUUUUUCCUGUAUUAUUAUAAGAAAGAAGCAUCUUUCAGUGAUCAAAUGGAAUUUGUCAAUGGAUGGUACAUCCUGAUUAUAGUUAGUGAUGUCCUAACUAUUGUUGGAUCAACUCUAAAGAUGGAGAUACAAGCUAAGAGUCUGACAAGUUAUGAUGUCUGCAGCAUACUCUUAGGAAUAUCUACCAUGCUUGUGUGGCUUGGAGUCAUUCGCUACCUAGGUUUCUUUCAGAAGUAUAAUCUUCUCAUCCUAACACUGCGAGCAGCAUUACCCAAUGUAAUGAGGUUCUGCUGCUGUGCUGCUAUGAUCUACCUGGGCUAUUGCUUCUGUGGAUGGAUUGUACUGGGACCAUACCACGUGAAGUUUCGCACUCUGAACAUGGUUUCUGAAUGCCUUUUUUCAUUGAUCAAUGGAGAUGACAUGUUUGCCACCUUUGCACAAAUGCAGCAGAAAAGUUACUUGGUUUGGUUAUUCAGUAGGAUCUACCUCUACUCCUUCAUCAGUCUGUUCAUCUACAUGGUGCUGAGUCUCUUCAUUGCACUCAUUACAGAUACAUAUGAAACAGUCAAGCACUAUCAGCAAGAUGGCUUUCCAGAGACAGAACUUCAGAAAUUUAUAUCACAGUGCAAAGACUCACCAAACUCUGGGAAAUACAGGUUAGAGGAAGAAAGUUCUGCAUCACUCUUCUGUUGUUGUAAUGGUUGUAGUGGACAUAUUUAAUGGAUUGUGGGAGUGUAUCAUGGAGGCUUUGAAGCUGCACAUGUUGCAAGAACUUGACAAUGGAGCUGGUGGAAAACCUUAUUUCUGAAGACUUAAUUUGCUUUUCUCAAAAAACAGUGUAAGCCUAUGGCAGAAGUUUAUGCUAAACUUACAGACUUUUGAUUUGACACUCACUGCUACUUCAGGGGGUUUGGUUUUUAGUAGUUUUAUUCUAUUUGAUUCCUUAGUUAAAUUAUGCUAGAAUGCAAAUGGCAUAAAAGCCUGUUUGUGUUCAGAGACUUGGCUAGAUUAUAAAAGUAGAAUAUAAAUGUAGUAACUUCAACUCUAAGUAGAGCUGGUGCCAGACAACUUCAGCUUUGAACACCAACCUAGCCCUCAGUACUGCAGGCAUUAUCUGUCUGUGGCUGACCUGUUGCUGAAGGAAUGAAAGCUCACUAGAGCCCUCAGCAUUUUUUGGUUUUUUGCACUCACAGUAAAAAUAAAUACUAUGAAAUUUAGUGUAAUUUGUUUCUGGAGUCAUUACACUGAGUUGAUACACAAACCACUCAAAUAUAGCUGAAAGCACAAAAUAAAUAUUUCUUUAAACACAAGUACCGCUGGAUGUAAGUGGCAAUCUAUUCUCAGAGAGGCUGGGAUGUGCCAGGCUGCACUGAAGUUCCAGGGAUGAGCUGAGUGGAGAAAUGUUCUCAUGUAUCAAACACUGGGCAGAGUCAGUUACAGUCUUCAGCUUAACAGUGUUUGGAUCUUACAUUUUUAGAGGGAAAAUCAGACAAAAACACUUUCAAAAUACCUAUUUUUUAAAAGAAUUUGAAAUCUUCCUCUGGCAUACAAGUCUGUAAACCUGAAGUCUAAACUGAUUUAAAGACACAGGAUAUAUGUUUCUGAGUCUAAUCUCUCCACACUUUAGAAACUGGAUGUUUCCUAGCAACCUAAUAACCUGCUACUGUCAGUGGCCGGAUGAAACAUUAGCUUGUAAAGAAGUUCUGUUUUGACAACUUAGUUUAUAUUCUUUGUUGAUUGUGAUACUAUUUAAUGGAUGCCUUAUUUUCUAAAGUCUAUUCACUCUGGGAGCAGAAUAGAAAACUAAAGGGAAGCGUAUUUUAGAGAAUUUGCAUUUGUGAGCAGCAUUGCUGCAGCUGUGUGUGACAAUGUAUAAUGCUGUAGAGGACACUAAACAUGUUCUGUCUUAAUGCUUACACAUUUUAAAUGUGCUACAAUAAACACUUACAGCUGCA